AUGCCUCGCAGAAAGAUUGUCGACGCCGGUGCCCCCAGCACCUCCUCUGCUGCGACGGCGACACCAUCACGGCGGCUCGGCUCCUCGGCUGCUCCAGAACGCUCGCCGUCGCCAUCCUCCUCACUCGGUGCCGGCAGGGUCUCAAAUCCACCCUCAUCUCCGCACAAACCACCGCCCAGCUCCCGCACCAGGCUGCCCAACAUUGCUCCUUACCCCGGCAAUAUGCCUGCCCGCGCACCGUCUCCCACGCUUUCGGACAUCUCCACCUCCGGUUCCGAGGCCGAAGACGGCGCGCAAGCUGGUAGCAACCAACGUCUGCGCUCGGCUUCACCAGAAGGUGAUGAGCUCGCUGCCGAUGACUCUAUCCGCGAACCCGCAGCCAGCACCGAUGCCGAAGUCACCUGUCAAUGGAACGACUGCGGCGAGACCUUCAACAGCCUCCAGCCGUUCAUCGACCACCUGCAUCACGAACACAUCGGCAUCCACAAGAGCAAGUACAUGUGCGAAUGGACCGGAUGCAUCCGCAAAGGCAAACCCCAGACCUCUCGCUUCGCACUGCUCAGUCAUCUUCGAAGCCAUACGGGAGAGAAGCCUUUCACAUGUCCGAGACCCGAGUGCGACAAGAGCUUCACCCGCUCGGACGCGCUCAGCAAGCACAUGCGCGUUCAGCAUCAGAUCAUCACUCCUGGCUCGCGAAGGGCUGCAGCUUCAUCAUCAGCUGCGAACGAAGAUGCGGCGGAAGACGCGUCGCUGCUCGGCGGCGAAGCGGCGGAUUCGGCUACGCCCUCUGGCAAGGUGGGUGCGUCGGGAGCGACGGGAGACUCUUUGGGAGACGAGUUGCUCGAGCUCGCUGGUGGAGAGGGAGCCGAGUUCGGGUUGUCCGGUGGAGCAGGUGGUGACGGCAACUUGAACACCAUGACGGCGGAAGAGCUAGGGAUUCAGGCUCGCGUCGAGAUCCAGAGCAACUCGGAAGAAGCCAAACGAAGCGAAGCGAUCCUCGGACGAGCACUCCGGACGUGGGCCAAGGACAUGCGAGAGCGAGAACGCAAUCGCAAACUGCGCGAUCCACCACCAUCAUCGCGUCCACGCAACGGCGUCGACAACGUCGAGGAAGCCGCCAACGGCUCCGCCGCCAAACGUGCCCGAGCCAACGACUACGACAGCGACUCUGGCGAUUCCAUGCCGGACGUAUCCGACCUGCGACGAUCGCGACGCAGUGCACGCGCCUCAUCCUCCACCGCCAACGGCUCCACCUCGCGCCGUCGCCGAUCCUCGCGCUUCCCCGCCGACGAUGACCCAGACUCGCCGACGGAACCCACCCUGGAAGCGGCGCAAUCGUCCAUCCGCACCGCGCGCACGCGCUACCUCGUCGAGAAGGCCAAACUGCAGCACAUCCGUUCCGAAAACUCGCGUCUUCACACUCUUCUUCAAGAACUCGAGGCCGAACAGUCGGCGGUGCAACGUCAGUGCACCGCGGCGUUGGAACAGGCGCUCGUGUUCGAAUUGGGCGCAGACGUGGAUGCGAUCUUUACACCUCCGGCAUCGCCCAAGCCGGCAUUGGAGGAGGCGAGGAACCAAGUGGUGGAGGACGAGGUGGUGGGUUAG